UGUGACCCGGAAGUUGUUGCACCUGGAGGACAGGUGAGGCUCAUUCACAGACUGACUCCAACACUCAGACUGAUCCCGGUUCAGGUCCAGAUGACUGACCGACCGUCUGCAGAGACUAGUCCCGGUCCUGGUUCUGGUCCUGGUUCUGUUAGGGGUCAGACUCUGUCCACCAUUGACUCUGCCGCUCUGCAGGCGGCUGCUGUCCCUGCAGAGGAAGAGGAGGAUGAAAGUGUGAGGAUGAAGAGCAGCAGUUGUGUUUUACUGGAGAGACACCGCAGGAAACGCAUCACUCAGAGCUGCAGCACGCUGCGGCAGCUGCUACCCACAAUCCACGGCGGCCGAGUCGACAUGGUGACCGUGCUGGAGACUACGGUGGCUUUCCUGGAGACGGUCCAGGAUGUAGUGGCAGCCCAAGACCAACACAUACAGCUGUGUCCCCCUGCUGAGCUGCAUGCUGAUUGGCUGCGGCAGAGUCAGGAGAGCCGGGAGGCUGGAAACAAGAUGGCUGCCGAGCAGGAGAAGAAGAAGCUCAACAGGAGUGGACGCGUCCGGCUGAAGAGGACAGGCGCAGACAGACAGGCAGACGGACAGGCGGACGGGCAGGCAGACAGACAGCUUCGUGUCUCAUUGUAACUUUGUGGUAUCGGAGUCAUCCUACUGGUCGCCAUGGCAACAGUCAAGUCUGCACGAUGUAGUCCCAGUACUGCAGUAUUAAAAUUUACUUUAAUAAUAUACUUUAUGGUAUGUCUCACUGUAUAAAUCUGUUGUUAAAGGAAAGUUGUAUUCAGAGUUUGGGUCUUUUAUUUUGAAGGAACUGAUUUCCUGUAGAGAUCAGAGAUCAGAUCAAUAACCUCAUUAUUUCAUUGUAUUCAGUUUGUUUGAUGACAAUAAACAUGUUGUAUUGAUCAUCAA